CUGGUUACGUCGCUAUUUCAGCUCGAUCUCUAUCACGACUAUCCCACAGAUACGAGUUUCUGCAAGUAAACGCAGAGUUUUUGGAGCAUGAAUGGCGGGAGGGCGGUCCAUCGCAUCCUGGAACACGGUCGAGGCUGCGCACUCGUCGACAGCCAAGGGAUAGAUGAAUGCAAUUGCUACAUUUCAGUGAACGCAGAGGACCUAGGCCCCACAAGGCUACUGUUUCAACCAGUCACUAGCGAUGGCAUUCCGGGAGUCUUAGGGCAAUUGGACGAGACAGCAAAUGCUGCUAUUCGUCAAUAUAUUGCUUCUAAGAAAGCAGGAUCAGUCGACCGAGAACGUGAGCGACACAGCAAUAGUGUAUAUUCGUGCCUAGAUCAAAGCGAAAUCCGCAUCCUAGAACUCCACCCCGGUACUUUUGAGAGCGAUCUCCAUGGGGCCUUGCAUGUUGCUUCUAUUGAUUUUGAGUAUGGCCAAGUAGAUAACUUCACCAGACUCACGAAUCACGCCAUUUCUCUCGUUCACGAGAAGCCGAUCUGGUACACAGCCCUAUCCUAUGUCUGGGGAGCGCCCAUAUUCGAUGUUCCAAUCUAUUUCACCAACGGAUUUGUAAUCAAGAUUUCAAGAAGCCUAGAAAGUGCGAUGCGCCAUCUCAGGGCAGAAAAACAAAGUGUCUGGCUAUGGAUCGAUCAGAUCUGCAUAAAUCAAGCGGAUACCACUGAGAAAGAGCACCAAAUUCCCUUGAUGCGCUUGAUAUACAGCCAUGCAUCCAACACUGUGGUAUGGCUGGGUGACGACGGGGAAGAUUCGCCAUCUAUAGCCUUUGAAACGCUAAUGACGUUGCACUCGAGCCUUCAAUUCAACGACAAUCAAUUUGGACCGGAAGACUUCGAAAGAUUGUAUUUGCCUCAUUCUGAAGCACAGGCCUGGCGAGAAGUCAAGCAGCUCUUCCGACGACCUUGGUUUGGAAGGUUGUGGGUCAUCCAGGAGCUCUUACUCUCGAGUGAAGUCUACGUAAAAUGCGGCAAGGUGGAAGCAUCCUGGGAAGACUUCGCAGCAUGGUGCAUUGAUCUGAACAUAUCAGGGGUCCAGCGUUGGCUAGAGGCAGAUACUGAGAACGACACGACUGCUGCCGACGACGACCUACCACAGCUACCGUCACUAGGUGGUAAGAUUGCCUAUGAGCUUUGGCUCCAGAGGCAUCAACUUCAAGCAUUUCAAUCACUACCACCUCUACUUAGUACUUUGGUCACGUCUCGGUACGCACAGGCUACGGAACCGAAGGACAAAAUCUAUGGCAUAUUGGGUAUUGCCUUCUCGGAGGCGGACUACUCUAAUUUCACGCUCAGUUACUCUAGCGAUGUCACCGUCAGAGAAGUCUACCUCGAAGCAUCUCUGAGAACAUUUCCGAACAGCAGCAUCCUUCGUCUGUUGACUUCCGUCGACCAUGAGGUACUUCUAACACCUUCAUGGGUUCCCGACUGGAGCGUCCCCCGAGUAACAGAUUCCUUUGGAUAUUCAACCAGCUCAUGGUCUGUUUAUUCUGCCGGUGGAGAGUACGCCAGUGCCAGGAAUCCUGAGACUGGAAAAUGGAAGGGCAUCACUUAUCGAUUGAGCGAUGACAAAAAAGCCGUAACUUUUCCCGGAAAAGUUUUCGAUAGCAUUGUUACGCUCGGAUGCGUUACGACACAGCCUGUCCUUGACAUCGACAACCCGGCGCAAGGGAAUAGCCAAUGGACGACAUACGUGGAUAUAGCAAAAGCCUCUCAAUCAUACCCCACCGAAACCACCAUAUUCGACGCCUUUUGGCAGACUCUCGUAGCCGGGGCAGAUGGUUCAGGCCAUAAGAAACCGCCGCCAGAGUACAGCGACGCCUUCAGUCUAAUCCUAGACGAGAGCACCGGAAAUAUGCCAUCCCUUCCUGGACAAGUGUACAGUGUGCGCCGCCAAAAAGGGCACUUCACGCUUAAGAGUCUUCGUUCACGAAAUCCACAAAGAACACUUGAAGAUUUGCGGAAAAGCUUUCGUAGAGCAUUGAGAAAUCGCAGAUUUGCUGUGACUAGCGGGGGGUAUUUUGGGCUGGUCCCCCGAGGGACGAUGGUUCGGGAUAAGAUUUGCGUAUUUGAGCUUGGUCACGUGCCAUUUGUGGUCAGGCCUGUGGAGGAUCGAGAAGAUUUUCAGCUUGUUGGUGAGUGCUAUGUUCAUGGGAUCAUGCAUGGCGAGGUGAUGGAACGGGGCGAUAUUGAAAUUGGACCAGUAACACUUGUGUGA